AUGAUUGGGGUGACGAGUGAUUUACCUCUUCGUGGGCGGGACGGGGCGGGGGAUGAAACAUCGAAACCACCUACGCGAGAGGCAGGCGGUGGGGGAGAUGAUGGGAAGCGCCAAACAAAGGAUUGGACGUUUGCUUCCUCCCUCCCUGCACCUCUUGAUGUAUCGGGGACGGAGGGGGAUACAAACCGCCAGACAAAGGAUUGGACGUUUGCUUCGUCCAUCCCUUUGACGGUUGGUCCUGAGGAGGUGGGGAAGAAGGCGAUGAGUUCUGGAGGAGUUGGAGAGGGGCAGAGGGAGUCGAUUGCGGAGGGGUUGAUUGAUUUGGAUAUGAGUUUAUCAACCUCCCCGCAAGUAUCAUCCCAGUAUCCCCAAAGCCGCGCAUCGACAGCAGAGUCGUUGAUCGAUUUGGAUAUGAGUCUCUCCCCCUCCCCUCCCUCCCGCCGUUGCAGAAAUAUCACACCCCAAGUCGUGUUUCCAUAG